AUGAAGGAGAAAUCGAUCGAUACUAGACGUAAUGAAAAUGACUCUAAGAAAUAUCAACAAUCCUUAGGAACAAGUUCUAUGUCAUCAUUUCAUGCGGAUGCACCUACAUUUAAACCUAGACUUGGCUUUUUAACAGCUAACCUAACUAAUAAUGUUGGUCAGACUACAAUUACACAGUCAUUAUCUUCAAACACCGAUAUUCCCUCUAAUUUAACUGCUUCAGCUCAACCAUUUAUUCCUUCUUCAAUACGUCAAAAUACUAGUGGUAUUGUUGAUCCCAGUAAUAAUAGUGGAAGUUUAAUAGAUCACUCAUUCUUGAUGUCAGGUAACAACUUUAUAGCAGCUUCAUAUCCCCAGCAAGGUAUCUUAUAUCCAAAUGUCUCAGGAUGUGAAACCGUUGCAAUGGGCUAUGAAGGAACUCAUAAUGUAGACCAUAUAGAUGGUGAAUAUGAAUCUGUUAUUUCAUCGAAUAAUGUUGGCUCAGGGCCAUCUGGGAGUGGAGCAGCUUGCAACAAUACGAAUAACAAUAUUACGAAUAAUAAUGGUAUACCAUCUUUAUCAUAUCAUGGACUAUCUUCUAAUAGUACUUAUAGUAAUAAUCACCAUCCAAACAAUGCAAUUAUUGAAGUUGGAAAUUUUUAUAAUGAACCGACCCUUUCAAACAAUAAUCAGCAAACAGCAUCUCCAAAUGAUAAUCCAUCCCCUUUAGAUUUAUCUGAAUAUUGUAGAAGAGUCCGUGGAUGGAAUUUACCUUUCUUGCGAACUAUACCUCAAAUGAAUGCUAUAACACAAAUUCGACAUGAAUUACAACUUCAAAACAUUUCACUCCUACUUACUCAAAAUGAUAUUGAGUGUUCUAAUCAUAAUAGUAUGACUCAUACUGUUCCUCCAGUAGUCCAGAGAAUUUAUUAUGGACUUUGUUUGUUAGAUGACCCCAAUAUAACACCUACAACAAGAUUUUGUGGUUAUCAGACUUAUGCAUACAAAGCCAUAAAUGCUGAAGAUUAUACAGCUUAUUGCUUAAGAAGAAUCGAUAGCUACUCAAUUUCUGAUUAUGAAAAUUCCAAGUCUAUUUUGGAAAGAUGGCAGAAGCUUACACAGCAUCCUUGUAUUGUAUCGUAUAGGCAAUGCUUCGUAUCUUUAGAUUUCUCACCUGGUGCCUUUAUAUCUGUAUAUGAUUACAUACCAAAUGCAAGUACAAUGGAAUCUGUUCAUUUUAAGGAACCUAUUGGUGAACCUUUGUUAUGGAAUUAUAUCAUUCAAAUAGUAUUAGCUUUAGUACAUAUACACAGUGCUCAAUUAGCUGCCAGAGUUAUUGAUCCAACUAAACUGUUGAUUUCAUAUAGAGGUAGACUACGUCUCAAUUGUGUGGGAAUUCUAGAUUUUACUCGUAUAGACCAUACAAAAACUGUAGCAGACUAUCAGAAACAAGACUUAGUAGCCUUAGGAUAUAUUAUAUUAGCAUUAUGUUGUGGUUCAUUGACUAUUAUAAAUGACCUAAAUCACGCUGUUGAGCAAAUAUUUUUAAAGUGCUCCUCUUAUUCUAAUGAUUUGAAGAAAUUGGUUCUAAUCUUACUUUCUAAACCUGCACUUCACAAAAAUAAUUUGGAUGUUUUUAUUUUAGCAAACAUGCUAGCUGCUAGAAUGAUUCCACAAAUUGAGCAUAGCUUAAAGUUAACUGAUGCAUUAGAAAAUGAAUUUAAGAAGGAGAUUGACAAUGGGAGAUUAUUUAGACUGCUGACGAAGAUUAAUACCAUUGCAGAUAGGAACCAACUAAACUCUAUUCAUAAGUGGAAUGAAACUGGAGAUCGCUAUACAUGCAAACUUUUCAGAGAAUAUUUAUUCCAACAAACAGAUAGUCAAGGUCGGCCUAUUAUUGAUAUGGGUCAUAUUUUUGAUGCUCUAGCAAAAGUUGACAUUGGGACGAGUGAAACAGUUACCUUAAUGAGUAGUGAUGGGUCUUCUAUAUUAUUGGUAUCUUUCGCUGACAUAAAGAACUCUAUUGAUAAGUCAUUUUGUGAAAUUGUUGCAGCUGCAACAACAAGCUCAAGCUUUCAAUAG